AUGGCGGCCAGCGGCGCCGUUCUCCGCGGCACGCCGCGGCAGAGCCUCCAUCACCAUCUGUCGCUCCUCUUCGCGUUCAUUCUCGUCUUCUCCUCGUCCCACCGUCUCUCCGCAAACGGCGGCGCAUUCGGUGGUGGCGCUGACGCGGCUGCGCUGCCAGAGCUCUCUUCCUACUCCAGCAUGGCGCUGCUCGAUCCGCGCUUCGAGCUCUAUUGGAGCACCAACACGAGCGACGCGACCAUCCACAUCGCGGCGCGGGCGCAGACGGCGGGAUGGCUCGCAAUAGGCCUUUCUGAAUCCGGCGGAAUGUUCGGCUCUGGUUCGUUCCCACGCUCGUUCCCCGCGUUCGUUCCCCGCGUUCGUUCUCCGCGCUCAUUCCCCGCGCUCAUCCCUCGCGUUCGUUCCCCGUGCUCGAUCCCCGCGCCCGUUUCCCCCGUCUCGUGGGUGGCGGAGCGCGAGGGGCGCGUGUAUGCAACGGACCGCUUCGUCUUCAACAAGACUGGGGAAGGCGUCGCAUUGGACGACCAGCAGGACUGGCGCGUGCUGGGCGGCAGCCAGACCAUGGAUCAAUCCACGGGCGACACGUGGACCACCGUGCACGUGUGGCGCCAGCUUGACACCGGCGACUGCAACGACCGCCCCAUCACAGCUGGCGCGCUGUCAUUCGUCAUCUGGGCCAUGGGUGCGUUGGGCGGGGGAGGACUGAGAGGCAUGGGCGCAACCGACGAGCUCGCCUAUCACAGCGCGACACGUGGCGCCACCUCGCUCGUCCUGCUGCCCGCGCCUGGCCCCUCCAUCCUCGACCCGGCCACCCCUCCCACCACCAUCGCCCAAUCCACUGCUGCCAGCUGGCCUGCCAUCACGUCAGCAGGCAAGCUCGCCGCAUAUGCCCAGGGGCAGGCGAACGGGCAGAAGAACGGGCAAGGCGUGGUGAUGGGCGAUGAUGGGCGGUUCAACCUGACGAUGGUGAACCACCGCGUUUCCACCAACUACACCACCUACAUGUGCAAGACGUUCGACCUGCCACUCACCGCCAAGCGACACAUCACGCAAUUCGGCAUACAAAUCAACUCGUCGCUGCCCUCCGUGCUGCAUCACGCACUGCUCUUCGGCUGCCCCCUGGAGGAAUAUAAGGACGUGCCGGCAACACAGGGCGUGUAUGAUUGCAUGCACGAGUCAACGCCCUGUCAGGGCCACACCGUGGCAAUGUGGGGGCUGGGUGCGCGUCCCUACUCCUUCCCCCGCGAUGUUGGCUUUCCCAUCGGCCCCGGAUACUACACCAAGUUCGUGCUGCAGAUCCACUACACCAAUCCCGACGCCCGCUCUGACAUUGUCGACAACAGCGGAAUCUUCCUGGAAACUUCUGCCCCAGGGAAGCACGAUGCAGGGAUCAUGAUGGCUGGCCCGGUCUACUACGGGCUGCUGCUGCAGAUCCCACCUGGCCAGCCGUCGUGGACCCAGGAGAACAUCUGCCCGGGGCGGUGCACCAAGGCAGUGUUCAAGAAUGAGUCGGUGAACAUAGUUGCUGCCGCCCUGCACCAACACGCGCUUGGCCGCCAGAUGUAUACCGAUGUGUAUCGGGAUGGCGAAAAGGUCACCACAGUCGCUCGCCUCGACUACUAUGACUUUGCAUCACAGCAGAUGAUCAACGUGCAGCCGCCCUUCCAGCUACAGCCGGGGGAUGAGCUGCGCACCAAGUGUGUGUGGGACUCCACCUCCCGCUCCAACGUGACAAUGGGAGGAGAGGCCAGCAACGAGGAGAUGUGCAUCAGCUUCCUUCUCUACUACCCAGCUUAUAGAGACAAGCGAGAGAUGCGCUCAUGUGUGGCCAUGUGUGCCGACAUAUCUGAGGGAAAACUCAACCUGGACCCUGCCAGCCCCAAGCUCAUGAGUUUUGCCGUCUGUGGCCCGGGUACCGACAGGGAGAGGGUGAAGCUGGGGUUCUCCAAGUGCAACAUCACCUACGGGCAGAGCCAGCCCCUCACUGUGCUGCACGGCUGCCCGAGCGCGUAA